AUGUCGCGUCAGUUAACUUUUGUAACUGGUAAUCCAAACAAAUUAACUGAAUUCCUUAAAAUUAUUGGUGAGGAAUUUGCCGGAAAAGUAAAAACAGUUGAUUUAGAUUUACCUGAAGUUCAAGGUAGUAUCGAAGAUGUUAGUAUACAAAAAUGUUUAUCUGCUUUUAAAAUAAUCAAUGGACCUGUAUUAAUCGAAGAUACAGGACUUUGCUUUAAAGCACUGAAUGGAAUGCCUGGACCGUUUAUUAAAUGGUUUUUAAAAGCGGUCGGUCCUGAUGGACUACCUCGUAUGUUGACUGACUUCAAUGAUUAUCGUGCAGAUGCUGUAUGCACUUUUGCCUAUUGUGAUAGCCUCGAUAAACCAGUACAACUAUUCACUGGUAUCACACCAGGUUGUAUUGUUUCACCUCGUGGACCACGUGAUUUUGGAUGGGAUUGUAUAUUUCAACCAGAUAACUUUAAACAAACUUAUGCUGAAAUGGAUAAAUCUAUCAAAAAUUCCAUAUCACAUCGAUCUAAAGCGUUAGAAAAAGUGAAGUCUUUUUUGCUGAAUCAUGAAUUUUAA